AUGAUUCACCUUGCUUCACCUUUAGUCACUUCUCCUCCAGCGACGUCAGGCCUUCCUCAUUACAAAUCGACCAACGAUAAGCUAAUACUUAUAACUGAAUGGUUUCACUCUCAAUUGGGUGUGCAACUCCUCCAUCGCACUGAUGACUACGAAUGUGACUCUUCCACUACACCUGUCAUUGCGUCCCGUCUCACCUCCCUGACCGCUACCUUAAUAGGUUUAUCUAUUCAAUUAGAUUUUUCUUUUCAGUUAGAAAUCGAUUUCGUCGCCUCCCCAGCUCUUCAUCUCUUCACUAAAAUCUCUCUUCAUCUAUCCACUAAAAUCUUCACGGUUUCUUUAAUUUCACUCCAAGGUUAUUUGAUAGCUUUUGUAUGGUUUAUUCCCUAUACUGAAUCGCUAGUCAAAACCAUUGUGGUGGUUGUGGCGAAAUCAAAAUGCGGGAUUGAACCAUUGUAG